GUAACCUCAAGGAGUAGACGCCAUGCCAUCUCUUCUGAUUUAGACACGGGUGGUGGCAGAGUCUUGUCUGGAUGUGUGCACUGGUUUUGGAUUGUACUUACCUCCUCUGUUACCUAAUACAAUUGGUGAGAGUGGACGUCAGUAAAAAAAAUUUAGGGAUGCACUUUGCAGCCUAUUGUGAUAGCUGAGAAUGAAGCUGAGUGUUAUAGCAGAGGACCCCUUUACUGUCACAUCCCGGGGCCACGUGUCCAGUGAAGGCCAGAAGGUCCGGUGCGUCUCCUCCAGGACAGCCAUGGUCCUCUUCACCAAUGACCCAACAAGGAUGGAGAAGGCCAGAAAGCACAUGGCUGCCAGGAUAUUACACCUCACCCUAGAGAUAAUCCACCUGAUAACCGGAGAGGAUUACACAGUAGUGAAGAAGUGGUCUGGUGAGUGUGUGACCCCCCGUGUGUCAGGAGGAUCGGGCACCACCCAGAGCCCCACCCCCGAGGAGCCUCCACCUCAUUCACUGAUACAUGAGCAGAAGAUCCUAGAACUGACCACCAGGAUGACUGAGCUGCUGACUGGAGAGGUUCCUAUAAGGUGUCAGGACGUCACUGUCUAUUUCUCCAUGGAGGAGUGGGAGUAUAUAGAAGGACACAAGGAUCUGUACCAGGACAUAGUCAUGAUGGGGGAUCACCGGCCCCCAACAUCACAAGAUGGAGUCAGUGAUAGAAAUCCACCCGAGAGGUGUCCCCGUCCUCUGUAUUCCCAGGACUGUCCAGAGGGAAAUGUCCCAGAGAAGCAUCAGGGGGGAGAUCUGACUAAUAAUAAAGUGGAGGAAGAAGAAGAGAGGAUGAGCGGCCAUCACCCGUGUAAGAGGGAAGUGAAGGAGGAAAUUCCAGGAGGUGUUACCCCAGAAAGUCCCAGUAAGGAUACUAAUGGAACCUUCAAUGUAUCACUAAAUUAUAAAGUAGAAGAUGAAGACUUCAUGCACCACUCCCCAGGAGAGGACCUCCUUCCCCUUACUGUACAUCCAGGACUUCACAGUACAGAUCAAUCAUAUAAUGCCCCUAAUCAUGGGGAACCUUCUCCUGACCCAUCACAGGUUGUUACCACAAGGACAGAUCAGACAGAAGGGAAAAUGUUUCAUUGUGGUGAAUGCAAGAAAGAGUUUGCAAAAAAUUCAGAUCUUGUAACACACAGAAAAAGUCACACAGAGGAGAAGUAUUCAUGUUCACUAUGUGGGAAAUGUUUUACAGAUACGUCAGAACUUCUGUCACAUGAGAGAAUGCACGUAGGAGAGAAUCCAUAUUCAUGCUCAAAAUGUGGAGUACGUUUUGCCAAGAAAGCAGAUCUUGUGAAACAUAAAGAAACUCAUGUAGAAAAGAGAUUCUAUAAAUGUGCUGAAUGUGGAAAAUUAUUUGCAACAAAAUUAAAUUUUUUUAAACAUGCGAGAACUCAUGCAGAAGAGCAUGAAUGUAAAAAUUGUGGGAAGCUUUUUGAAAGUAAAUCGGCUCUUCUUAUACACAAGAGAACUCACACAGGAGAGACAUAUUCAUGUAAAGAAUGUGGGAAAUUAUUUACAAAAAAAUCAAAUUUUGUUCAACAUGAGAGAAGUCACGCAGAGGAGCGAAGAGGAGCCAUGUACAAUUUAAUGUUUUAA